AAAAGCAGUUGAGAAGAAAAAAACAAACGAAAAUGGAGAAACUAACUUUCCUCUUGCCCAUCGUCGUCCUCAUCGCUUCUGCAUAUCCAUCUUCUUCCUUUCACCUGAACGAUCGGAGCUUCGAGAUAUCGAACUUGCCUUCAUCGCGCGCGGAGAAGCUGAUCCGAGAGCUGAACCUUUUUCCGAAGCUUGACUUGAACGUGAUCGAUGUCGGCGAUUCGACUCUCACUUCUUCAGCGGAGGAAGUGCCUUCGAUUGUUGAACGGAACUUCAGAUUCCCGAGUAUUGUAUCCGAUGGUGGAGAUACCGUCGAAGAUUUAGGUCAUCAUGCCGGCUAUUUCAAGCUCCCGAAAUCUCAGGGCGCAAGGAUGUUUUACUUCUUCUUCGAGUCACGCAAGAAGAAGGAUGAUGCGCCUGUUGUGAUUUGGUUGACCGGAGGGCCUGGAUGUAGCAGUGAAUUGGCUAUGUUCUAUGAGAACGGUCCUUUCACGAUUGAUAAGAAUAUGUCUCUUGCUUGGAAUGAGUAUGGAUGGGAUCAGGCUUCCAAUCUACUGUAUGUUGACCAGCCUGUUGGGACUGGUUUCAGCUAUACCACUGACAAAAGUGAUAUCCGUCACGAUGAAACUGGAGUCAGUGAUGAUCUGUAUGAUUUUCUGCAGGCGUUCUUUGCGGAGCACCCUAAGCUUGCAAACAACGAUUUUUACAUAACUGGGGAGUCGUAUGCUGGGCAUUACAUUCCGGCAUUUGCUGCCCGUGUCCAUAAAGGAAACAAGGCUAAUGAGGGAAUUCAUGUUAACCUUAAGGGAUUCGCCAUUGGAAAUGGGCUUACAGAUCCUGCAAUCCAAUACCCAGCCUAUCCUGACUAUGCGCUGGAUAUGGGUUUGAUUACGCAAGCAGAGCAUGAUCGUUUAGAAAAGAUUGUCCCACUGUGCGAACUAUCCAUUAAGCUUUGUGGAACUGAUGGAACAACUUCUUGUUUGGCGUCAUAUCUUGUUUGCAACACCUUGUUCACUGGUAUAAUGAAACAUGCUGGUGGAAUAAACCAUUACGACAUCAGGAAGAAGUGCGAAGGGAGUUUGUGCUAUGACUUCUCAAACAUGGAGAAAUUCUUGAAUCUGCAAUCGGUGAGGAAGUCGCUUGGUGUUGGGGACAUAGAGUUUGUCUCGUGUAGUACUAGUGUCUAUCAGGCAAUGCUACAAGACUGGAUGAGGAAUCUCGAGGUUGGGAUUCCCACGCUCUUGGAAGAUGGAAUCAACCUUCUUGUGUACGCAGGAGAAUAUGAUCUCAUCUGCAACUGGCUCGGUAACUCGAGGUGGGUGAAUGCAAUGGAGUGGUCAGGGAAAGAGAACUUUAAGGCGAGUAAGGAAGUUCCCUUUGUGGUUGAUGGGAAAGAAGCUGGCAAGUUGAAGAGUUAUGGAAAACUCAGUUUCCUCAAGGUGCACGAUGCGGGACACAUGGUUCCAAUGGACCAGCCAAAAGCUGCGUUGGAAAUGUUGAAGGGAUGGAUGGAGAAUUCACUUAGUGGUGGAGAUGCUGUAACCACUAGUACUACUGCAGAUGGAGAGGAUCUGGUUGCUCAGAUUUGAUCCCAUCUUAUUUUUACAUUGCAGAAACAUCCAUAUAGCAGCAACCAAAGAAACAAUGUGGACUGUGUUUAUGUAAACACUUGAUAUUUACUUCUGUAACUUGAUUACAAUGUUUUACGACAUAAUUUGAUUCCAAUUUGGCA